CCCGAAGCCGAUCCGCCGACCACCAUUUUGUGGUGGAGUCUUGAUGGAAACACAAGGUACGCAUUGAUUUUACGGAAUAAAAGGUAAAAAUUGAGGAAUUUUUAUCUCUUACUGCGUGGGAGCAGUAGUGGAGUAAUUUCAACGAAUGUGGAGAGGAUUUUAACAACGUUUUACUACGAUAAAACAUGAGUACGAUGUCACGUUAUCCGUCCGAUUGUAAGAUCUAUGUCGGAGAUCUCGGCAGCAGUGCAACAAAGCAAGAUCUCGAGGAUGCUUUUUCAUACUACGGACCUCUGAGAAAUGUUUGGGUCGCCCGGAAUCCACCGGGUUUUGCAUUCGUCGAGUUUGAAGACGCCCGUGACGCUGAUGACGCCGUCAGGGGCUUGGAUGGCAGAACAAUAUGCGGAAGGAGGGCUAGGGUUGAGCAUUCCAAUGGAAAACGUCUGAGGGAUCGUGGCGGUGGCUCCAGACGUGGCGGUGCUGGUGGUAGACCCUUCCAUCCUGAGGAUCGAUGCUAUGAGUGUGGUGAGCGAGGUCAUUAUGCCAGGGACUGUCCCAGGCACAGGGGUGGACGCAAACGCAGGUCUCAUUCAAGAUCACGAUCAAGAUCACGUAGCAACAAGCGUUCACGCUCCUCAUCGCGCAGUCGUUCACGCAGCAGAAGUGCCAAUGACAGACGUGGAAGGUCACGCAGCAAGGGGAGAUCCGAUUCAAAGGAUCGCAGCCCUCGUCGUACGAGGUCAAGAUCAGCGUCACGAUCUCGCAGCAGGAAAUCAAUCAAUGGCGACCGCAACGGGGGCUCUUAAGAUCUCACUCAUCGUAUGAAGACGCAUUUUCACUAAGAAAUUUAGUUCUCGUUCUCGUAUUGUUUGAAAGCUUGAAAUACAAACUUACCUCCAAUUUUCAUGAAUUCCUUUAUAAUUUUUCUCUCAAUUCACGAAUUGUAAUCUUUGUCAUUGUAACGACGUUAGGGGUUUGUUAUUGAACACGAGAUCUAAAUGAAUCAGAUGUAAUAACUGUAACUGAAGUUCAAUAAACAACUUUUGACAUGAAUCAAUAA